GCCAUACGUAACGUCUACAAAGUGAAAAAGACGGACAACACAAAAUGUGCAAUAAGGUAGUCUUGAUAUUUUUGCUGGUACCGGCCAGCUUCCUUGCCAUUUUACUAGCCCUCAACACAACAACAAGUAGACAGAGACAGUUCCAAUGGGAUAUGAACAGAAAGGACGUGACGUCACUUCCACAACUCGACCGAGAAAGAAUUCAACAACGUGCUGAACGAUUAGCCAAAGCUCUAACUAUUCAGACCAUUUCCUGGGAGAGAGAUCUAUUCGAAACCGAAGCCCUGCUUCAACUCCAUCAACAUCUGAAAGACAGUUUCCCAUUGAUACAUUCUUCACCCUCGAUUGAAGUGAACGUAAUCAAUGGCUACAGCCUACUCUACAAGAUUCACGAAAGCAAGGAGGAUAAAAAUGGUGGUGUCCUACCUUACAUGUUGGCAGCACAUAUGGACGUGGUCCCGGUCGCCAACGGUACGUGGAAAAUGGCUGAUCCUUUCGAAGGAAGCAUCAUCGACGGUGUUAUCUACGGACGAGGAGCUUUAGAUGACAAAAGUUCUGUUAUGGGCAUCUUAGAAGCAUUGGAAUUUCUUUUAGAAAACAAAUAUCAUUUUCAUCGAACUUUCUAUAUUGGCUUUGGGCACGAUGAAGAAGUUUCAGGAUUUGAGGGUGCAGGCCACAUUGCCAAGCAUCUCAAAGAGACUGGAGUCAGCCAUUUAGAUUUUGUUUUGGACGAGGGGUAUUUUGUUCUAGAAGAUUUGGUGGAAGGAGUGGACGACCUUGUCAGUGUAAUUGGUGUCACAGAAAAAGGAUAUGCCACAUUGGAAUUAUCAGUUGAGAUGAGCCCUGGCCAUUCAAGUAUUCCUCCCAAGGAAACAGCCAUCGGCGUUUUAGCAAAGGCAGUGUGGGCACUUGAAACUAAUCCACAUCCAUCCAUGUUCGGCCAUGGUCCUGAAAUGGAUUUUUUUGCAUACAUUUCAUCCUCAGCAAAGAUUGGGCACAGCGUCCUGUUCUCCAACUUGUGGCUUUUGUCACCUCUAUUAUCAAAGCUUUUGGCAAAUUCUCCUGUUACAGAUGCUAUACAAAGAACAACAACAGCCAUCACAAUUAUUCAAGGAGGAUACAAGCAAAAUGUCAUUCCAGGUAGUGCCUCGGCUACCGUCAAUCAUCGAAUCCAUCCGGCAGACAGCCUGGAUCAAGUCAUUGAACACAACCGUCGGGUCAUUAAUGACCCACGCGUUCACAUCAAAGUGGUCGACUAUUAUCCACCGACGCCCAUUUCACCAUAUGGUCUCGACGUUUCAGCUUUCAAUCUGAUUGCAAGUUCUGUCAAACAAAUUUACCCAUCUAGCGUCAUCGCCCCAGCUUGUUCACCUGCCAAUACGGACCUUCGGCGUUACGUCGAACUGUCCGAUCAUCUUUACCGAAUUACCCCAACGGUGUUGACGCCUGUAACGCGUGGUGGUAUACACGGUGACGAUGAACAAAUAACUAUUGAACAUUAUCAUAAUUUCAUUCGUUUUUACGUUGCUCUGAUGCUAAACGCUGAUCAGCCUGAAGCUGGUCACUCGACCGUCCGCCAUCGGGAACUUUAGAGCCAAAUGCAAUACACGUACCACGAAAUUU